UGAGUGAAGAUGAGAUCUAAGGUGAGAGAAAAACAAUAUUUCAUGCAAAACAUUGGUCCUCUUAUUAUUACUCUCCGUUCCGACCCACAAUCAAAAUGGUUAAGGAAAUGAGGUCGGAUUCAAAUUCCGACCCGUUUCCGUUCACCAAACACUACCAUAUCUUUAUUAAGUUUGCAGUCUCUUUUCUUGUAUUUGGCCUUGCUUUUCGCCUCUUAUCCUCCGAUUCAAUCUGGUUUUCUUCCUCACCCGCCGUUCAACUUCAAAUACCGGCUCAACCAGAUUAUACUACUCUCAAUGCUGCCAACCAAACCCAACCUCCGGUUUCUUUUGAUCCUGAUUUUCCAGCUAAUCAAACCCAAACCCAGCUCACUUCUGAGUGUGACUUGUUCACUGGAGAUUGGGUAGCUGAUCCUUCUGGCCCAUUCUACACCAACCGGACCUGCCCGGAGAUUGAAGGUCAUCAAAACUGUAUGAAAAAUGGACGGCCGGAUUUAGAUUACCUCUACUGGAGAUGGAACCCGCUAGAUUGUGAUCUACCGAGGUUCAAUCCUUAUAAGUUUCUUGAAAAUAUGAGGGACAAAUCUUGGGCGUUUAUUGGUGAUUCGAUAUCUCGUAAUCAUGUGCAGUCUUUGCUCUGCAUUCUCUCUCAGGUAGAAGAAGCCAAUGAAGUGUAUCACGACGAAGAAUAUAGAUCAAAGAUAUGGCGCUUUCCGGCUCAUAAUUUCACACUUUCAGUCAUUUGGACCCCAUUCCUCAUCAAAGCUGACAUUUUUGAAGACAUGAAUGGAGUUUCAUCUUCUGAAAUCCAGCUUCAUCUCGAUCAACUCGAUCCAAAAUGGACCGACCAAUACAAAAAUUACGACUAUGUAGUUAUCGCUGGCGGCAAAUGGUUUCUCAAAACUGCCAUAUAUUACGAGAACAACACUAUUAUCGGCUGCCAUUAUUGCCCGGGAAAGAACUUAACCGAGCUGGGGUUUGACUACGCGUAUCGUAGAGCGCUGAGGUUGAUCUUUGAUUUCAUUACACUUGCAGAUCACAGACCUUUUAUUUUCUUUAGAACAACUACUCCAGACCACUUUGAGAAUGGUGAAUGGUUUAGCGGAGGCACUUGCAAUAGAACAUUACCUUUCAAAGAAGGUGAAGUUGAUAUCAGAGACGUAGACGCAUCAAUGCGCGAUAUUGAAUUAGAAGAGUUCGAGAGGGCUACUGCUGCGACACUAGGAGGAGCCGAUAAGGGUAUGAUUUUAAAACUACUUGAUACUACACGGCUGUCGCUACUGCGGCCGGAUGGGCAUCCGGGACCGUACAGGCAGUUUGAGCCAUUUGCAAAGGAUAAGAAUGCUCAAGUUCAGAAUGAUUGUUUACAUUGGUGCCUGCCAGGACCUAUAGACACUUGGAAUGAUUUGGUGAUGGAGAUGAUAGCCAACCACAGAUAACACUAAUUAUUUUAUUCUUUAGUUUUUUCCAUGAUUAUGAGAAGCUUGGCUUCUGAUGUGAAGGAAGAGGCAAUUGGUAUUUGGGAAAAUCAUCAUAAUCAUAUGUUCUUGAUUUAUAUUAAGUGACUAAUUCUUUGAAA